AUGAACUUUGGUGUAAUUAUGUAUUAUAAGAAACUCUUAAGACAUACAACUUUACGAAAGUAUUGUACAAAUGCAGCGAAACUUACAGUCGACAAAAUUCGUAACAUCGGCAUUCUAGCGCAUAUAGAUGCAGGCAAAACAACAACAACAGAGCGGAUGCUAUUCUACUCAGGGACCAUCCGGUCCAUGGGUGAAGUGCACCAUGGGAACACCGUCACGGAUUACAUGGAGCAGGAGAGGCAGCGAGGCAUCACAAUCACUUCUGCAGCUGUAUCCUUUCAAUGGAAUGGAAAUCAAAUUAAUCUGAUAGAUACACCUGGCCAUAUAGACUUCACAAUGGAGGUGGAGCAGAGCCUCGCUGUUCUAGACGGCGCUGUUGUGGUCCUAGAUGCAUCUGCGGGAGUUGAAGCCCAGACCCUGACAGUGUGGCGGCAGGCCACCGGCUACCGGGUGCCGCGGUUGGUAUACCUCAACAAGAUGGACCGGCCCGGCGCCGAUACCGCCGCCUGCCUUCAAUCCAUACGAGAUCGUCUCCACGCCACCCCCCUACUGCUGCAUCAGCCGGUGCGGAUCCAGGAUCGGCUUAUAGGGCUCAUUGACUUGAUCACCCUAGAAGAAAUAAUAUGGACGCAAGGUCGCGGGAGGAACUUCACGCGGCGGAAACUCACUGAAAAAGAUGACGGAGCUCUAUGGGAGAGUUCUGUGAAUGACCAUAGACAACUCGUAGAUACACUCUCCUCUUUAGACGACAAGCUAGCAGAUAAAAUUAUACAACAGGAGUCUAUGGAUAAUCUGUCAAAUAUAGAAAUUGAGGCUGCUGUUAGAAGAUGUUGCGUAGACAUGACGGUGUUUCCGAUUGUCUGUGGUAGUUCGUAUAAGAAUAUAGGUGUUCAGACCCUAAUGGAUGCUGUGAUUAAUUAUCUCCCAUCACCACUGGAGUGCAAUGAGCUGUAUAAGAGUUUUGGUACAGAUUUGUCAGCGAGAGCAUUUAAGGUACAGCAUGAUGAUCAGAGAGGGGUGCUGACUUUUCUGAGGCUGUACAGUGGGGAGAUCAGUAAGGCCCAGAAGAUUUAUAACUUGGCCAGGGACAAGAGUGAACAGGGUGGUGCAUUGUACGUAGCGCUGGCAGACGAGUACAAACAGGUGGAGAUGGUCACACCUGGUAACAUAGCUGUCGUAAGCGGACUUAAGGCAACUAUGACCGGGGAUCUAGUGACGUCUUCCCAGGCGGCUGCGAACCGGGCCAAGAAGCAAUUGGCUACCACGCUGGCAGAUGGAAACCAGUUGGAUAGGCUCACGUUGCCGAGCGCCCGCCAGCGGAUCCAGGGUUUGGAAGAGCCCACCAGGGAAGAACUGGCCAACAUACUGCUGGGAAUUGGUACAACGGCUCCAGAGCCGGUGUUCCUGUGCUCCAUCGAGCCGCCCAGCGCAGCAGCACAGAACGCGCUAGAAACAGCGCUCCAGCAGCUGCAGAGGGAAGACCACAGCCUGCACGUGUCCGUCGACGAGGACACCGGACAGAUGGUGCUGGCUGGUAUGGGUGAACUGCACUUGGAAAUCAUAAAGGAGCGGAUAGUCCGCGAGUACAAGAUCGAUGUAGAUCUUGGACCCCUCCAGAUUGCCUACAAGGAGAUGCUGCAGAGUUCCGCACGAGGCUCCUCCGCCGUCGACCGUAAGAUUGGUGGUCAGCGCCAAGUCCUCAAGGUUGAUCUCUCCGUCGCCCCAGUGCCUGGUCUUCCGGCCGAUAGGAUCCUCAAAUUGGAUAAAUCGCAGGACAGCGCUGCAAACCUGUCCCACCUGCAUCCUCGCAGCCUGCAGGCCAUCCGUCAAGGUGUACACUCCGCCUUGCAGCAUGGACCCAAAAUUGGUUGCCCGAUUAUUGACGUACAAGUGACGCUCCACUGGUUCGAGUCCGCGAGGGGCACUUCCGAAUCGGUAGUCACGGCCACUGUCGCACAAUGCUUGCGAAAGCUGUUGGAGCAGGCGGGGUGCGCGGUGCUGGAGCCGGUGAUGCGGCUGCAGGUGUCGUGUCCGGAGUCUCACUCGGCGCGGGUGCUGGCAGACCUCGCCCGGCGACGCGCCGCGCUGCACCACGUGCACCUGCGGCACGGACACAAGGUAAUCGACAGCCUGACGCCUCUGUCGGAGCUGCUGGGGUACUCGACCACGCUGCGUUCCCUCAGCUCAGGACUGGCCACCUUCACCAUGGAGUUCCACUCCCACCAGCAGAUGUCUCCUCACGACGAAGAGAAAGCCAUCAGAGAUGUCACUGGCUUUUAGUUUAUGCAUUACGGAAAAGCAAGACGUUCAAGUUUUCUGGAAUGGCAACAUCUAGAUAUGCCAUUCAUCAUAUCAUAAGAGGCAUAACCAAGUCCGCUGGAUCAAGUCAAAAUAUCUUUAUUCAUGUAGGUCUAUUACAGACUCUUAUGAUGUCUCAAAUCUACCGUCAGUUCUUAGUGCUUUCAAGGUAAGAACUGACAAGAAACUCAGCUUUUCAAUGAGAAUUUGUUAUUAGAAAAGUCCAGAAUCAUUGCACCGGGUUUUAAAACUGUCAUUAGUUGCUUUUAGACGUAACGUCCUGUCACGCGUGAAUCUGCUUUCUCGCUGGAGAGAAUGUGCAUGUAAAUGUAGACAAAGAGAAGGACAGAGGCCGCGCGUAUAUUGAA